AUGGAGCCAAACUGGCUUCCCCCGCUGCGCCAGCAGCUUUCCCUUCGGAAGAAGGGGGGCGAUCGCCUCUGCAGUCUGAAGUGGUCCAGCGAUGGUGGUCUGAUUCUAACCCUCCUGUCCGGCGAUCCUUUGAGAACGCUGACGAAGGUGGGAAGAGACGCAACCUUCCAGGAGCUGAAGCAGAAGCUUCUGAGGGAGCUGAAUGUCGAAGACAGGCACCUGAGCUUUCUCCGCGGCGCUGAGCCGGUUGGCCUCGAUGAGCGGAUCGGAGAGCUGAAUGGGGUCGUCUUGCAGCAGCAGGAGGUGCCGCUGAGUGAAGAUGGCUUCAGCUUGCUGCCAUACCAACGCAGUGCGGUUGAGUAUGCCCUCCAGCGUGCUGGCCGCGUGCUGCUGGGCCAUGAGAUGGGGCUCGGCAAGACGGUCAUUGCGUUGGCGGUUUGUGCAAACUACAGGCAGGACUGGCCUGUUUUGGUCGUGGCGCCCACAGUGCUGCUCAACCAGUGGAGCGACGAGAUACAGCGAUGGCUGCCAGACGUUCCGGCGGAGGGCAUUCAAGUCAUCCGUAAAGUGAUGCACAUGAAGAAUAAGCAGAAAGUGCCGGUGGAGAUCAGGCCAACAGCGCAGUUUGUUCUGGUUUCCUACGGCCUCGUCGUUGGACAGAUGCAGCGCAAGGGCGUUGCAAACGGUACGGGUGGUCAAAGCAAUGGUCAUCUACGCGUCGCAGCGGAUGGCCAGCCGUACCGCACGGUGAUCAUCGACGAGGCCCACGCGCUCAAGGAUUUCAAGACGCAGCGAACGAAGACCUUGAUUCCUAUCCUGCACACAGCUACGCGAGCGAUCCUGAUGACGGGCACACCGCUUGCGAAUUCGUCAGCCGGCGAUAUCCUCCCACUUAUGGCUGCUGUUAUUGGCAACCGCAUUCGUUUGCCGCCUUUGGACAAGUGGUGUACGCAUUUCUGUGCCGAGAACAGGGCAUUCAACACAGGAUAUAGGACCAUCAAUCGUUGGACUGGCGUGUGCAAGGAGCAUGAGGACAAGCUCUCCGAGCUGCUGCGCCUUUUCAUGGUGCGGCGGACGAAGGAGGAGGUGCUCGCAGAGCUACCACCAAAAAGGCGCUUGAAGGUGCACCUCGAGCUGACCCCGUCCGAGAUGGGGCCCGUCGCCAAGCAGCAGCAGCUGGUUUCAGAUUUCGAGAAGGCCGCCAAAGAGAGGCCAGAAGGAGGUGAUGAGAUCGACAGCCUGCCCAGCCACGAGAUCAUGAAGAUCUUCAAGCUGCUGGCAGAAGCGAAGCAGACCGCAGUCUGCGAUUGGCUGCACACCUCGUUUUUUGAUGAGCAGGCCGGGGUGAAGACCAAGGUCUUGAUCUUCGCCCACCACAAGUGCGUCCAUGACAAGUUGGCGGAGUUUUUCAGAAAGCAGCUCGGCGAGGGCAGCUGCGGCGAUUUGUGGGUCCACAUCACCGGCGACACGAGCCCAAACGAGCGGAACAGGCAGCUGACCACGUUCAAGUCCGCUGAUGGCUGCCGCUUUGCUGUUUUGGCACUGACGGCGUGUAACACCGGGCUGAAUCUUGACAUUGCCGACACCUGCAUCUUCGCCGAGCUGUGCUGGACGCCCAGCGCGCUCAACCAAGCGGAGUCGAGGAUACAUAGGAUGGGCCAGCAAGCUAGUCGAGUGCUGGUGUACUACUUGGUUGCUGGCGGUCGGGGUUCACCGGACGAGAUUAUGUUUAACGCCUUGGCGAGAAAGUCAGAGACCGCCAGCAGGGUUGUCGACCAGGAGAAGGAUCAUCCCUCUGCAUUGCGAGAAUCGCAGCUGCUGACGCCAAAGCGCAAGAGGCGCAGCAAUGACCUGGACGAUGCCGGAGAGACGCCAGAACCAAAGCCGAAGCGCCCCGCUCGCCGGCAGCCG